GUGAACUGGAAUCAAGAACGUGGUGUUUGCUUUCGGUUCGUUUUGUAGUGAUUUUAUUUAGUUUUUAAUUAAAAACUGGGAUUAUUAAACAAGUUAAAAGUGUUUAAACAAUUUAAAAUGAUACGUAAAGUCCCUUUGGUUGUUAUUUUGGGCUCUACGGGCACAGGAAAGACGAAAUUAUCACUUGAAUUGGCUGAGCGAUUUGGUGGCGAGAUUAUAAGUGCCGACUCUAUGCAGGUGUAUUCUAAAUUAGAUAUUGUAACGGCUAAAGCAACCAAAGCCGAACAAGCAAGAGCAAAACAUCAUUUGCUGGAUGUAGCAAAACCAGGAGAAGCCUUUACAGUCGUCAACUUCAGAGAUGCUGCGUUGUCAAUAACCGAAGACUUGAUGUCAAAAUCUAAAAUUCCAAUCGUUGUUGGUGGCACUAAUUAUUAUAUUGAAAGUCUUUUAUGGAACAUGUUGGUUGUAAAUGACUCCCAUAAAGCUAAUGAAGCUGAUUUGAAGCCUACUAUUAAAAUAACUGAAAAUCUGCUGGAAACAAAAAUGACAUCUGAAGAUCUACAUGUUCUACUUAAAAAAGUUGAUCCAACUUCAGCAAAUCGUAUACAUCCAAACAAUAGAAGAAAAAUUAUCAGGGCAUUGGAGGUAUAUCAAAAGUCCGGUGAAACAUUAACUUCAAUUUUUGAAAAUCAAAGAAGUGAGGCCGGUGGAAAUCGACUAGGAGGUCCUCUUCGUUAUCCCAAUACUAUUCUCUUUUGGCUCAGAUGCAAUCAGGAUGUACUUAAUGAACGUCUUGAGAAACGAGUUGAUUCGAUGUUAGAACUUGGAUUGCUACCAGAAAUAAGAAAUUUCUACAAAGAAAACUUGAUUGAUUCUUGCGAAAACAAAUAUACCAAAGGUAUACUUCAAACUAUCGGAUUGAAAGAGUUUAUUCCAUAUUUAGAACAAUUCAAUGAAGAGGAUGAUCAGAAAAAUGAAGCUUAUUUAAAAUCGAAUAAUUAUAAAAUUUCAGAGCCUAAUGGUGUAAAAGUGGAUGGUGUUAAUGAUCGCCCGAAGGGAUAUGAUGUUUUAAUAAGCUGCCUUGAUAGACUUAAACUUGUCACAAACAGGUAUUCAAAGAAACAGAUAAAGUGGAUAAAAAAUCGAUUUCUAUCGUACAUUGAUCGACAAGUACCAGAUCUUUAUAAGCUCGAUACUUCAGAUGUGAGUCAAUGGAAUUCAGAAGUAUAUUUACCGGCAGUUGAUGUCAUCGAAUCAAUCAUAAAUGGUGUAAAACCUAAGCUUGAGCCACUCGAGAAACUAGACCAUCCAGGAAAGGGAUUGAAUGAGGAGACGACAAAUUAUUGUCCCACAUGUGAGAGAGUCUUCAUUGGUGAAUUUCAAUGGAAUCUUCAUUUAACAUCAAACAAACAUAAAAAAAGAAAGGAAAGUCAAAGAAAAAAAGAAAAAGCUGCCUCAUCCAUUCCUCUUCCUGAAACCACAAAAGCCGAAGGCACAGAAGAAAACACAUUAAAAUACGUAUAAGAUUUUUUUGUUGUAUUUUAUAUCCGUACUUUUUUUUAUUACAUUAAGAUACUUUAUACAAUUUUAAUUCAAUAAACUUAAUAAAACAAAUUUAAAUAUA